CUCUUGUCCCGCAGUCAAGCACCACCGCCACUUGUAGCAACACCGCCACCACCACCAACAACAACUCAUAACGUCGCCAUGUCGUCCUCGCAGCGAGUCUCCUCGUACCGUCGCACGUUCGGCCCCGUGACCAGCUCGACCGCCACCCGCUCCUACUCGUCCCGCUCCUCGGGCUACGGCGGCUUCGGGGGUGGAGGCGGCUUCGGGGGAAGCAGCAUCGGAGGUGGCGGCGGCGGCAUGAUCCGAUCAUCUCGCUCCGUGGGCUUGGGCAGCAGCGCCCAGUCCGGCUUCGGCGGCCGCAGCUCGUCGGCCUCCUACGUGAAGGCCCUGUCGGGCCAGAACGUGGACUUCUCGCUGGCGGACGCGCUCAACGCCGAGUAUCGCACGACGCGCACCAACGAGAAGGUGGAGCUGCAGGAGCUCAACGACCGCUUCGCCAGCUACAUCGACAAGGUGCGCUUCCUGGAGCAGCAGAACAAGGCGCUCACCGUGGAGAUCACCCAGCUCAAGGGACGCGAGCCGACCCGGGUGGACGGCAUCUACGACCAGGAGCUAAGGGAGCUGCGCCUGCAGGUGGACCGUCUCACGGGCGAGAAGGCGCGCGGCGACGUGGAGCGAGCCAACCUGCUGGACGAUCUGCAGCGCCUUCAGCAGAGGCUUCAGGAAGAGAUGGGCGGGCGAGAGGAGGCUGAGAAGAACCUGCGCGCCUUCCGUCAGGACGUAGACGAUGCAACCCUGGCACGUGUGGACCUGGAACGCAAAGUGGAGUCUCUGCUGGAGGAGAUCGCCUUCCUCAAGAAGAUCCAUGAUGAGGAACUACGCGAGGUGCAGGUGCAGGUGCAAGAGCAAGCGGUGCACGUGGAGUACGACAUGCAGCAGACUGCCAAGCCGGACCUGACUGCGGCGCUGCGCGACAUCCGCGCCGAGUACGAGGGAAUCGCCUCCAAGAACGUGGCGGAGGCCGAGGAGUGGUACAAGUCUAAGUUUGCGGAUAUGAGCGAGGCAGCUUCCCGCAACAACGACGCUCUGCGUGCAGCCAAGCAAGAGCUGAAUGACUACCGUCGCCAGGUGCAGGCCCAGCAGUGCGAGAUUGACGCACUCAAGGGCGGGAAUGAGUCUCUGGAGCGGCAGAUGCGCGAGAUGGAGGACCGCUUUGGGCUGGAGGCGGCCGGAUACCAGGACACAAUUGCGCGCCUGGAGGACGACAUCCGAAACCUCAAGGAUGAGAUGACGCGCCACCUGCGGGAGUACCAGGAGCUGCUCAACGUCAAGAUGGCGCUCGACAUCGAGAUUGCCACCUACCGCAAGCUUCUGGAGGGCGAGGAGACUCGGAUUGCUCUUCCGGUGCAGCAGUUCUCUUCUACGUCGUACAACUUCCGAGAAUCGAGCCCUGCCAUUGAUCGCCUGGCCAGCACCUUCAACAAGAAGACGGUCCUCAUCAAGACCAUUGAGACCCACGACGGCGAGGUCAUCAAUCAGUCGACUCAGGAGGAGGAGAUCUGAGCUUCCCGUCGUCCACCUGCAUGGCAGCUCCAUCAUGCGGACGCUGUUGAACGUCUGAUGAAUGGUCCGCUUGCAUGGAGAGGAGGCAAACACAGCGACAGCCUGCAAAAGCAUCUUGUCUAGCUGCUGUACCAACCCCAUGCCCUUAGUCCUCACUUCACCAUGACACAUCGAUCCUCUAUCCUUUCUUUGAAGAGUAGGUUCAGCUCGUGCAGACCGGCCUCCUUUGUUAAUGUUCAUUUUUGUAUACUUACCCUUACGUACAAUCAGACCUAUCACCAAAAUAAAGAUGACUUUCCAAUUAGAGUAGCAGAGUCUUUGUUUUUAUUCAAAAGGUUAAUGCAGAACUUUAAAUGCUUGAUUUAACAAUAACUUGGCCAAGAUUGGAGGCAUUUAUUGUCAAUGAAUUGUCUGUUUAACCCAGAGUUCGAUAAAUAUAAUGUAUGCCCCAGCGCAAUUCGCCUUUUACAUGUCCCAAUCUAAAAUUACACUAAAUAGUGCACAAAACUGAUAAUUUGUAAAUCUAGACCAUGAUGGGGUUGUGGCAUAAUAAUUUCGGAAGCUCUACACUAACCCUGACCAGGAUUUGAGGCUGAGUAGGAUGAGUGGGUUUAUCAGAGCCAGGGGCAUAUUGUCGGAGCUAGGAAGAGGAGUACUUGCUGUGUAUAGAUGGAAAAUAAAUGUUGUUUAGACUGUGCAGCCCAACAUUUCCCCUACACUACGUGUCCUGUAUACUAGCCCAACAAAUUAAUGUAUUGUCAAUACUCAAGUGCACAUGCUGUAAUGUGAAAGGUCAUUGAGAGCUGCGGUUCCCCCAGUGGAGACACAAACGGCUCUUGUUGGAUGUGUUAUGUAACCAUUGGCUGGCCAAUUUUUUUUUCCCCCAGGCUCUUGCUCAUCCUUGUAGGUCCCAUAGGAGUCCAUGGGCACGCUGGUGUGUAAAGCAUUUGCUGUGCAAUUUGGUUGGCCACAAGAACUGCUCACCGUUGCGUUACUCUUUUGGGUGAAGUGUAUCGCAUGCAGAGGAGAACAUCUAGUCCUGAGUUGUCUGAAGCAACAAGUACAUCAAGCAUUCAACAAUAGCGAGGCCGUCUGUAAUGAGCCAAUUUGCUUCCGUAACCUUUGCAAUCAGUCGGGAGCAUAUUGAAGCAAAAGUCUGGCAAAGGGGAGUCCUUUGAAAAGUAUGAUAGAAACUGUAGAAAUAAUAUCUUAAAACUGAGAAAUUAAUUCACCUUCGACAAACGGUUGAUGUAGAGCUUACGACGAUGGUUGGGAUUGAUGAAGCUGGCAGCAGAGUGCACCUGCUCUGCUAAGCCACAAGCCGGAGGUCGUAUACUGCCAAAUAUGCAAUUGGUAAAGUUUGCGCAUGCUCCGAUAGCGCACCCACCUUGCUGAACACCAUCGGCUGAAUUCUAGUAAAUAACCACUUUAGUUGACUAAUGAUAGCUGGUGGCUUGUGGCUGUAGUUUGGGGCACUGAAAGCUGUGCCUCGGGGUUUUGUGUUUUUACAAUUGCAGGUGAUGUGUAAGUGCUUAAUUGGAAAGGGGAAUUAGGAUGUGAGAAUAAGUUGCUGCUAGCGUGUGGCUAGAUCAGUUGUACUUGGGAAGGUGCACGGAUUCUAUGGCUGUAAACCCUGAGCUCUUGAGCUGGAAAUUAUUUGACUAAAUUACUAAUGAAUGUUGACCGCAGCUAUUGAAGUACUGUGGUUGAGAAAAGUUUCAACGUACCCAUGCAAAACAAGACAUUGCAACAAAACUGCUACAAUUGGUGUUUGGUAUUGAUACAACACUAAGGCUACUGCUGCAGUAUAUUACAAUGGUGUUGUGAUGAUUAAACACGUGACGGUAGAAUGCUAGAUUGAAGUCAAAGUUCAUGGAACUAACAUUGGAUUAAACUUUUUUAAUUCGCUUA